AUGGUGCCAUUCCCUCGUUUGCACUUCUUCAUGCCCGGAUUCGCACCACUCACCUCGAGAAGCAACCAGCAGUACCGUGCAGUUUCCGUGCCAGAAUUGACCCAACAAUGCUUCGAUGCCAAGAACAUGAUGGCUGCUUGCGAUCCGCGACAUGGACGAUACCUCACCGCUGCUGCCAUAUUCCGUGGGCGAAUGAGCAUGAAGGAAGUUGAUGAGCAGAUGUUAAACAUCCAGAACAAAAACUCUUCGUACUUCACUGCCGUUUGCGAUAUUCCUCCCCGAGGACUGAAGAUGUCAGCCACAUUUAUCGGCAACUCUACUGCUAUACAGGAAUUGUUCAAGAGAAUCUCAGAGCAGUUUACUGCAAUGUUCCGCAGAAAGGCGUUCUUGCACUGGUACACCGGCGAGGGCAUGGACGAGAUGGAGUUCACCGAGGCCGAAUCGAACAUGAACGAUCUUGUGUCCGAAUAUCAGCAGUAUCAGGAAGCAGCUGCUGACGAAGAAGUUGCAGAAGCAUUCGAAGCUGAGUAG